GACGGCGGGUGGGACUGGAUAGGUUUACUUUCCGGGGUAUUCGGUAUGUCUGUGCGCUCCCGGACCGGAUUCUACCGGCAGGAGGUGAGCCGGACCGUGUGGGAGGUUCCGGAGCGGUACCGCGACCUGAAGCAGGUCGGAACUGGAGCCUACGGGACGGUAUGUUCGGCCCUGGACCGGAGGACGGGACUGCAGGUGGCCAUCAAGAAACUUCACCGACCCUUCCAGUCCAAACUCUUUGCCAAACGGGCCUAUAGAGAACUACGACUCCUCAAACACAUGAAACAUGAGAAUGUGAUUGGAUUACAGGACGUGUUCACCUCAGAGAUCUCCCUGGACAAGUUCCGCGACUUUUACCUGGUGAUGCCGUUUAUGGGCACUGACCUCGGCAAACUGAUGAAGAUGGAGAGAUUAUCGGAGGACAGAGUGCAGUUCCUGGUCUACCAGACCCUGAAAGGACUCAAGUACAUCCACUCUGCAGGGAUCAUCCACAGGGAUCUUAAGCCUGGAAAUCUUGCAGUGAACCCAGACUGUGAACUGAAGAUUCUUGACUUUGGCCUGGCACGGCAGGCGGACACGGAAAUGACAGGCUACGUGGUGACCCGUUGGUACAGAGCACCUGAGGUGAUCCUGAACUGGAUGCACUACACGCAGACUGUGGACAUUUGGUCUGUGGGUUGUAUCAUGGCGGAGAUGCUGCUGGGGAAGCCUCUGUUCAAGGGCAACGAUCACCUGGACCAACUGAACGAGAUCAUGAAGGUCACCGGGACACCGGCCGCCGACUUUGUCACAAAACUCCAGAGUCAAGACGCUAAAAACUACAUCAGAAAUCUACCUAAAGUGCCCAAAAAAGACUUGCACUCCAUCUUCUCCAAGGCGAGCUCAAACGCUGUGUGCGUGCUGGAGCGCAUGCUGCUGCUGGACCCAGAGGAGCGGGCGAGCGCAUCGGAGGCGCUGGCCAUGCCGUUUUUCAGCGAGUUCAGGGAGCCCGAGGAGGAAACGGAGGCGCUGCCCUACGACCACUCCAUGGACAACACCGACCUCCCCGUGGAGCAAUGGAAACGUCACACUUUUACAGAGAUUCUGACCUUCAGACCUCCCAGAGACUCCAGAGAGACAUCCCUUUAA